AUGUCCUACCCGCAGUUUGGGUACCCCUACUCCUCGGCACCCCAGUUCCUGAUGACCACCAACUCCCUGAGCACGUGCUGCGAAUCCGGUGGCCGCACGCUGGCCGAGUCCAGGCCGGCUGCCUCGGCCCAGGCGCCCGUCUACUGCCCGGUCUACGAGAGCCGGCUGCUGGCCACCGCGCGCCACGAGCUGAACUCAGCAGCGGCGCUUGGCGUCUACGGGGGCCCCUACGGCGGCUCGCAGGGCUACGGCAACUACGUGACCUACGGUUCGGAGGCGUCUGCCUUCUACUCGCUGAACAGCUUCGACUCCAAGGACGCACCGGGAUCUGCGCAUGCGGGCCUCGCUCCAGCUGCAGCCACAGCCUACUACCCCUACGAGCCGGCGUUGGGCCAGUACCCCUACGACAGGUACGGGACCAUGGACAGCGGCACGCGGCGGAAGAACGCCACGCGCGAGACCACCAGCACGCUCAAGGCCUGGCUGCAGGAGCACCGCAAGAACCCCUACCCCACCAAGGGCGAGAAGAUCAUGCUGGCCAUCAUCACCAAGAUGACCCUCACGCAGGUCUCCACCUGGUUCGCCAACGCGCGCCGGCGCCUCAAGAAGGAGAACAAGAUGACAUGGCCGCCGAGGAACAAGUGUGCGGAUGAGAAGCGGCCCUACGCGGAGGGCGAGGAGGAAGAGGGGGGCGAGGAGGAAGCCAGGGAGCAGCCCCUCAAGAGCACCAAAGGUGCAGAGCCGAUAGGCAAAGAGAAGGAUCUGGAGCUCAGCGACUUGGAGGACUUCGACCCCCUGGAGGGGGAGCCCCCAGAGUGCGAGCUGAAGCCGCCCUUCCAGCCCCUGGACGGAGGCCUGGAUCGAGUCCCCACCGUGCCAGACGGCCCCAGCGCCCCAGGGAAGGAGGCUCCGGGCGCCCUCCGGAUGCCCCUGGCCGCCGCCGGGGGUGGGGCCACUCUGGACCAGGACCUGGAGAGGGCCCGGAGCUGCCUCCGGAGCACGGCGGCUGGGCCGGAGCACCAGGCGGGCGCGGGCGCGGGGGUUGGCCCACAGGCCUGCGAGCCCAAGCUGGGCUUUGCUCCGGCUGGGGCGUCGGCGGGCCUCGAGGCCAAGCCGCGCAUCUGGUCCCUGGCACACACGGCCACCGCGGCCGCCGCCACCGCCCUCGGCCAGACUGAGUUUCCCUCGUGCAUGCUCAAGCGCCAAGGCCCCGCUGGCCCUGCGGCCCCCUCCUCGGCGCCCACCUCCUCCUCGCCUGCGGCCCCGGCUCCCGCCGGUGCCCUGGACAGGCACCAGGACUCCCCGGUAACCAGUCUCAGAAACUGGGUGGACGGGGUCUUCCACGACCCCAUCCUCAGACACAGCACUUUGAACCAGGCCUGGGCCACCGCCAAGGGCGCCCUCCUGGACCCUGGGCCGCUGGGCCGCUCGCUGGGGGGAGGCGCCAACGUGCUGACGUCGCCCCUGGCGCGCUCCUUCCCGCCCGCCGCGCCCCAAGACGCCCCCGCCUCCGGCGCAGCCAAGGAGCUGCUGGCCACGCCCAAGGCCGGCGGCAAGCCCUUCUGCGCCUAG